AUGGAAGAAGCAGAGAACGGCGUGAGGAGCCGAUCUCCGACGCGCGCGUCCGGCAACGGCGUGAGGAAGCUACCUCCUUCUCCGACGAGGGAGAACGGCGUGAGGAACCGCUCCCCGACGCGCGCCCCCGCCAACGGCGUGAGGAAGCUAUCCCCCUUCUCCGACGAGGUCGUCCGCCCCGGAGCAGAGGAAGCCCUCUGCCUCGCCUCCGCCGCCGCGCGUCCCCAGGUGGCUGAUCCUCGACCGCAUCGUCCACCGCAGCAGCAGGAGGCGUUGCGAGGUCCCUUCUUCCCCGACGACUACUUCGUCUACUCCUGCUCAUCCUCGUCUCCGCCGACCCUGACUCUGCUUCCCCCUUGCUUCCACGGCGGCGACACCAAUCCCAAGCUUGAUAAUUUCUUCCAGCCAUACCGGAACCAGCAGCAGCGCAUCAUGUUGGACCAAGAUGUGGGCAUCCUGUGCCAUGGCGACGAAGGCGAGUUCACGGUGGCACAACUCGCAUUUUCUGAGAAUGAUGAGUUUGAGCUCUGCGUGCUGCACCAUGCACCUCCUGCCUCUGGCAUCUCAAAGGAAUGGAGUGUGAAGAAGGUGCAGAACCCUCCUGACAUGAAGAUAAACAUCUACUCGUGGAUGACUGACGUCGUCGUGCCCAUUGGCAGAUGCUUGUGCUGGGUCGAUUACUACCAGGGCAUGCUUCUUGUUGAUGUCCUCACUGACAGCAGCAGCGACCCAGAUCAUCAGCAAUCGCUCCGUUACAUCCCUCUGCCUAAAAAGGCUUUGAAGUCUCGCCGUCCGUACAGGGACGCCGGCUCACCUGACCCAUUGCGGUGUGUCUGUGUCACUGACAAUGACAUCAUUAAGCUCGUCUGCAUUCUUACUGAACGUCCUGCUUCGUCUUGUCCCUUCGCCAUAACAACUUGGACUUUGGAUGACAAACAUGAAGGCAAAUGGACAAUGGAUGUCGACACCACCAUGGGAGCAGAGAAAAUUUUCAGUCUUUUUGGCGCUGGCCACAGUUUCCUACCACGGGUGCAGCCAAGUUUUCCUUUGGUGAGCUUGGGUGAUCCAGAUGUCAUCUGCUUCUUGCUGAAGGACAAGGACCGUGGCCUUUUCUGGAUGAUUGAGGUCAACAUGAGGAACAAGAAGCUACAGUCAAGCGCCCUCUAUAUCAGUGAAGAAGAAGAAGAAGGAUAUCCCCCAAAAAGGGGCCGCCGGAACAAUUUCUUUGGUCACUACUUUAUUCCCAGCAAGGUCUCCUCUUACUUGAGUGAGGAUGCCAUCACAAGUUGGGAACUAAGUGAAAAGAUGCAGGAGGCAAAAAAGGAGAGAGUGAUGCAGAAGAUUGGUCUGGAAGCAAAAUUGAAGAAGUGA